CUCUAAAAAAAAACAUUACAACUACAGAGAACCAGGAAAGAAACAUUAAAAGAAACUAUUUGUCACCAGAAACAAGACGUUUAAUAUUUAGAUACAAUUUGCCUUGUCACGUAACAUCCACUGAAAGACAAACGUUUCAGGCGGACCCCUAAACUUUGUUCCUGUCCUGGAAAUUGUAUCCAUAAAGUUUGAAUUUGAACACUCCUACGGCAAAAAUAAUGGCGGCGGAUCAGAUUGUGCACGGGGUUCCUCCUCCACUGUCUGCCAAAGUGGUCGGGUCAUUUGCUUAUUUGACUGUGAGAGACAGAUUGCCGACCAUCCUGACCAAAGUUAUAGAUACAAUACAUCGCAACAAAAACAAGUUUUUUGAAGUAUAUGGCGAGGAGGGUAUCGUAGCAGAGAAGCAAACAAUAUCUCUGCUGUCUAAGAUGAGGAAUGAACUGCAAACUGACAAGCCAAUAGUAGCACUGACAGACGGCCUGCAAGACACAGAGUCCUGGAAUCAGUACCUGCAGAGACAUCAGAGUGUGCAAGGGGACCAGGAGUCUGUCAGCUGGUUCAAGUCUCCAUGGCUUUAUGUGGAGUGCUACAUGUACCGCAGGAUACAGGAGGCCCUCUGGCUCAACCCCCCUAUCAGUGACUAUGAUGUCUUUAAUGAGGGCAAGACUCAGAGCUUUUUUGAGUCUCAGCAGGCUGUGAUGACCUUAUGUACAUACUUGGAGGAUGUCAACAAGAACAUGGAGGAACUCGCUAAGAAUCAGCUGUUUGAGCAUUUUAACAAACUGCUACAGGUUUCUUUGUGGGGAAACAAGUGUGAUCUGUCUAUCUCUGCUGGCCAAGACAACUCACAGAAGAUCAGUCCAAUAGAUUCCCUCAACAGCCUACAGCCCUUCAUCUUGGUGGAUGACUCCAACAUGGUAUGGUCAACUCUUAUUUCCACCCAGAGGCCAGGACAACCAGGGAAAGCCACUGCAGGCAGAGUGGACAUUAUUCUAGACAAUGCUGGUUUUGAAUUAGUCACUGACUUGGUCUUUGCAGAUUUCCUGGUUUCCUCUGGCCUUGUCCAUGAGGUCCAUUUUCAUGGCAAAUCCUUCCCGUGGUUUGUCUCUGAUGUCACAGCUCAUGAUUUUCAGUGGACCAUUCAGCAGACCAUGGCGGCCAAUCACAAGUGGAUGUCCAAGUGUGGUGUCCAAUGGCAGAGCUACCUGAAAGAGGGUGUGUGGUCCUAUCAUGACCAUCCUUUCUGGACACAGCCCCAUGAGUUCUGUGACAUGGCAGCUGAUGCUCCUGACCUGUAUGCGGCCCUGCAGGGUACAGAUCUGUUGCUGUUUAAAGGUGAUCUUAACUACAGAAAGCUGACUGGGGACAGGGACUGGGAUCACACUGUGGGCUUUGAUACUGCACUACGAGGUUUUGGGCCUGCGCCACUGUGUAGCCUUAGGACUCUUAAGGCCAACAUUCAGGUUGGUCUCCAGCCAGGCCAAGCUGAGAAGCUGUCCUCCAAAGAUCCAGACUGGAUGACCAGCGGCAAGUAUGCUGUCAUUCAGUUCUACUGCCCAAAGUCAGAACAGUAAGACUGACCUCAGGAUCUCACCCAGAAGAUGUGGAUUCACAUGAACAGUAAAAAGUACCAUAAGCAGGACUUUAAGCCAUAAGACCAUUAAGUUUCAUGAGGUUGUUAAAUGGUGUUUUUGUUCCUCAUGGUGGGUUAGCACUUAUGUUUGAUAAUGGAAUGCACAGUAACAAAAAUAUUUGCUAAAUUUUUUCACUACAAAUUAGUAUCAUGUCAUAGUUCAAAUGUCAGCACUUGGAUCUAAAUAUAUCCCAUAAUUUUAACACAAUUGUUUGAAUUUAUCGUGAGAGUUGAAAAUCAAGGUUUCUUUUCAUUCCAACUAGCUUAUGUAUUGUGCAUUUUAUCUCAAAUAGCUUAUGUGUUGUGUACAAUGUAUUAAGUCGUUAUGUUUACAGGUCAGUAUAGAUGCAGUUAACAAUUACUGAGUAAGAUUUGGGCUUUAUAAAUCUCCACCAUAGAGCCCCAAUACUUUCGUUUUUGCAUGCAGUUGAGGAGAGUGAUGAUCAACGUAAUAUAUACUUAUUUAUAUUUUAAUUCAACUCAGGUUGUUUUACUGUUAUUGAUAUGCAUGCAUCAAAACAUGGCAAAAAAUUACCUAAGGCAGAACUCAGCAUUCAGCUAAGGCAGAUCACAACAUCAUUUGAUUAACUGUUUUGCUCAGUGUGAGAGAUGGUAGACCGUUAUUUGGGCAGUGAAACAGUAAUCGUGAUGACGUGUGCUUGUUUUGUUCAACAUGGCAACCCAGACCUCUGUAUCAUCAGCGAUUAAAAAAAAAAUGGAUGUCUCGGCACAUUACUAUGUCAUCUAAAUCGUCAGUGUCAGAACCUCAGAAUUGAUGCUUACUGAAUUCUUCUCAGUUCUGCUGGGGGAAACGAUAACAUUUUCACUCAUGGGUUUGAUUUAAUAAAGAACUGCAUUGACUGGC